AUGCCAGACCUUGGGCUAUUUGGAAGAGAGGAGGAGGUAUCAACUCUGCAAUCGUGCUUCCAACGCAUGGUGGCGAAGACCGAGGGCACUAUCGUCAGGUGUGACGUAAAUUUCACGACUGACAUCCCACAAGCAGACAAAGAGCUUGUAUUCGUUCUGGGGCAUUCGGGAGUAGGGAAGUCUUCUUUAACGAGGAGCCUCAUGAAAGAUGUUGCCCGUCUUGAGAAUGCACUCUUCGUGGAGGGAAAAUUCGACUUAACUACAAGUAACGAGCCUUAUUCGGGUGUCUCAAAGGCGUUUGGUACACUAUGUCGGCAGCUGUUAUCUCAUUCUGAGGAAUCAAUUGCUGCAGUUAGCGACCUUCUAUCAAAGGAACUCAACGGUGAAGUCCAGGAUCUCCUUCUUGGGUUGAUUCCUGAGUUAAGCGAGAUCAUAGGCCUACCAACAAAUGCAAAGAAAAGUGCUGUUAAGAAUAUCUCAAGUUCAAGUCUAGAAAACCGACAAGAAAGAUGGAAGUAUUCCUUCAGGUUGCUGAGCAGAGCGUUGAACUCUGUCUUCUCUCCCAUUGUGCUCGUAUUAGACGAUUUGCAAUGGGCGGAUGUAUCAUCUUUGCAAGUGAUCGAUUAUCUGGUCUCAGAUAUGCAAAACUUCAACCAACUAAUGAUCAUUGGAUGCUUUCGAUCCGAAGAGGUGAUGGAAGGGGAUGCACUUUCUCGGAGUGUCGAACGUUUGAAGGAGAGAGAAAGAAAGUGUGGUUUCAAUUUGACUGAGAUUACAGUCCACAGCUGUGCUCUAAAAGAUGUCAACAAGAUAAUGAUGACCAAACUUUCCAUUGAGGAUGAAAAUGAGACUUUAGGACUAGCAAAGCUAUGUUAUAAGCGAACAUUGGGAAAUCCAUUCUUUGUGCUUCAGUUCAUGGCAAUGCUCGAGAAAGAAGAUCUGUUGCAAUUCAACAGAAGUGAAUCAAAAUGGACAUGGGACAUUGUCAAGAUUAAAGAAAGGGUUUGCUUCAUGUCGGAUGUCGUAGAUCUGCUUCAAGGUCGUAUGAGAAAAAUGUCAGAGGAUGUGCAGCUGCUUCUACAGUAUGCUGCUUGUAUUGGAACAAGCUUCACGCUGGACACUAUAGACACCAUUUGGAACGAGCAUGGUACAGGCAAAUCUCCAGCUUUGGGUUUGCUCCAGGUGAUGCAAGACGAGCAAUUCGUCGAACCAUAUGAUGGUGGUGGCGAUGAUGGCUACAAAUGGUUCCACGACAAGGUUCAAGAGGCAGCCAUUUCGUUGACCGACAUUGUCAACGACGCGUUCAAAUUCAAGAUCGGCAAGACUUUGGUGUCGGCCCUGAAUGACAAACAAAUGGAUAGAAAGCUCUUCGAUGUAGUGGAUAUGAUCAACCAUGGCGAUGUCAGCGCGAGACCAGAUCUUGCCGCUCUGAAUCUACGGGCAGCGGAGAAGGCGGAGGGGCUAAGCGCAUUCGAAAGUGCAAAGAGUUAUGUGCAGUGUGGCAUUGCAUUGUUACCAAGAGACUGCUGGACGUCUCAUAAAGAUCUGACUUUGGCGUUGUAUUCUUUGGGCACAAAGAUGCAGCUUGCUCUUGACAAUCGCGAAGCCGCCACGACUUUCUCCGACGCUGUGUUCGCCAGGGAAAAUAUAAGUGUAAUGGAGAGGCUGCCUUUGAGUAUGGCAUUUAUUGAAAAGCUAAGUGCUGGAGAAGCUGGUGCGAAGAAGGAGGCCCUGGAUAUGAGCUUGAGCCUGUUGAACGAGUUGAAUUAUCCUCUUGUAUGGAGCAAGAAAACUGUCGCCAUCCAGGCAAUUCACAAUCUACUCAAGGUUAUGAAAGCAACCAUGAAGUGGGCUUCGAAAAAGGACGGAGUCGCAUCAAUGAUUGAAAUGACUGAUCCAAAGAACCUUGCCAUCACCAGGCUGCUGGAACGCGUAGGAUUUUGCAGUUAUCAUCUAGAGUUGAUAUUUCUGUCGGGCUUGAGUAUAUCUCAUCAGGCGAGAAUGACGCUGAAAUAUGGAACCAAUGAUCUGUCGGGAGUAGCUCUAGUCAACAUCGGAUUCAUGGCAUGGGCAGUUUUGAAAGAAGACUUUGGCACUUCAUUGAUGUGCGUCCAAAAGGCGCUGUCGAUUCAAGAUUCGUUAGGACCUCGAUAUGAAGGUCAUGCUCGAUGGACGGGUCAUAUUCUUUGCCUUUGCUGGCACUUGCCCUUUGAAAAUUGUGUUGCCCCAGCUCUGGAAUUCUAUAAAUCUGCCAUGAGGGUAGGUGAUGUUGAGUAUGGAACUUGGAGCCUCGUUUUAGCGUUUUCUUGGCUGCCGUAUGCCAUGGGCCAUUCCUUAACGGCGAUAUUGAAGGACUCGCCACAGCUCAUAUCAUGCUUCGAAGAACUGUGCCAAACAGAGCAGGCAAUUAUCAUUAAGAUGUUGUUACAAAUGGUUCAGAAUCUGACCAACAGAGACGGUAUCGUCCCAGAGCUCGAAGGAAAUACUUUCAGUGCCGAGCGAGAUAUAAUGGUAACUUCUGGUCCAAUCUAUGGCAAUGUUGUCUUCGUCGAGGGCGAAUUACUUCUUCUGUCGAAUAUAGAUCUAGCUGCAGAGCGAGCUCUUCGAGAUGGCGAUAAGUACCAAAAGAUUCUCCCCGGUGUCUUUCUCGGAAUGAUAGAAAUGUUUCACAGAGGAAUUGCCUUGUUUGCAGCUGCGCGCCGACACAAAAAGAGAAAGUACAGAACCAAUGCAAACAAGAUUCGCAAGACUGUCAAACAGUGGAUCAAGGAUGGCAAUCCCAAUGUCGAGCACUAUGACUUGCUGCUAGACGCUGAACAUGCUGCCUUGAGCUCCAAGACGUAUGCUAAGGCCCACAAACUGUAUCAAGCAUCGAUCGAAUCGGCUAUCAAAAUAGGCCACUUGAUGCACAGUGGUUUGUGCAAUGAGCGAUACGCAGACUUUUUGUUGCAUACUUGCUCGGAUGGUGCAGUGCAUCGAAUGACCGAAGCGAUUCGAUUCUAUGGGGAAUGGGGCGCUGUGGGAAAGGUCAAGCAAUUGAAGCAUCAAAUCAGGGGUAUUGAUGGUAGUAAGGAAGCUUGUAAAACACCGACCGAGCCAGGUUCACCUCAACUAUCCAAUUCUUUGUAA